AUGUCGUUGGAACCUGCGGUGGUAAACAUAUGCUUUAAGUGUGAUAACUGUGAAUUUCUGGAGUGGAAGGUCUCUGAUGGGGCGUAUGUAAAGAACGGUACUGUUAUUUUAAGCUAUAAAAACGCGUCUGGCGAGGAGAAUAAGCUGAAAAGUCCAUCAGCUGGUGUUAUUAACAUAGAUCCUGAAGUUAAAAAGGGAAGGGUACUGGGUACUGAUUACGUUAUGGCUUUCUUAAAUGAUUGUAAGCAUGCUAUUGUAAUGAAGGAUAUGUGUGGCACCUGUGGAAAAGAUUUAAGAGAGAAAGAUGGUCGAGCUGGUGAAAGAGCAGAAGCGAGCAGUGCUAAUAUAUCUAUGAUCCAUCAUGUGCCAGAAUUAAUUGUUUCUAAUGAGCUUGCGCAAAAGAUUGGUAAUCGGGAUAGAGAGGUUGUACUGAAGGGCAAGAAACUAGUGCUUUUGGUUGACCUCGACCAAACUCUAAUUCACACCACCAAUAACUUUCAUACGGAGAAAGUCUCGGAUGUAGUUCAUUAUAAACUGAGAGGAAUUGAUUUUUUCACUAAAUUACGGCCGCACACACGAGAAUUUCUGGAAAGGAUAAGCGCACUAUUUGAAAUGCACAUAAUCAGCUAUGGUGAGCGUCAGUAUGCACACAGGAUUGCGGAAAUCCUAGACCCUGACAAAAUUUACUUCGGCCACAGAAUUUUAUCGCGCGAUGAACUUUUAAGUGCUUUUCACAAAACGCACAAUCUGAAUUUGCUUUUUCCUUGCGGAGAUCAGCUUAUUGCUAUCAUAGACGACCGUCCAGACGUCUGGGAGUAUUCGGAUGCUUUGAUUCAAGUUAAACCAUACCGUUUUUUCAAAGAGGUGGGAGAUAUAAAUGCACCGUUGAAAUCGAAGGAUGAUACAGAUAUAUAUACCCCUGAGGAACUUGGCGAGUUGGAAAAUGAAGACAAAACAUUGGAUUAUCUAGCACGGGUGCUUACUGAUGUCCACCGUAUAUUUUACGAAGAAUAUGAUUCUACAAAAGAAGUUUUGGACGUCAAAAAAAUUGUUUCUUCUUUACGUAGCAAAGUUCUUGAGGGAUGUUCGAUCGUCCUUAGUGGUAUUGUCCCUAUCGGAGUGGACCCUAAAAGGACAGAAGCCUUCCGGUUAUGCGUACAGUUUGGUGCAACUGUCACUGAUAGCAUCACCGAAGGCACUACUCAUGUAAUUGCUGCUCGUUGGGGAACUUCGUUAUCAAUGGAAAAUGUGUCAAGUUUCUUGUGGGAGGGGAAAAUCAAGAUAAGGCAAAACGGUUUGGGCAAAGUUCAUGAGGCGUUGAAACGUGGGAAUGUUGCUAUUGUGAAUCCCAAGUGGUUGUAUGCUUGCAUUGAAAAAUGGGAAAAGGUCGAUGAAACCGGGUACGAGUUAGCCAGAGAGACUAUGAAUGUCGCUGAAAAGCCGUUAGGAGGUACCGUUAUUGUCGGCGACUUCUCAAUUGGUGCUUUGGACCAAAAGACCUUGCGCCGCAUGUCUGACGAAGUUGAUGAGGCUCUAUCUGAAGAUGGGUCAGAAGAUGAAGAAGAACCCGAUUUAAAUUCAGAAGUAAGGCGGCAAGUCCGAGGGAAAAGGAAGUCAUUGGAGAAGGAAAAUAGUGAAGAAAAAAGAAGGAAGGUUGGAGAAGAUGAUGACUCGGCAGGAUCUCAUAGUGAAGAUGAGGAAAGCUCAGUGGCAGAGUCUGGUUCAGAUUUUGAUGACAUGGCUGCUGAUGUGUGGAAAUUUCAUGACAAGUCAUUAGGGUAAGU